AUGGCCAAGAGUUCGCGUGCCAGCACUGUCAAGACCAACAACCAGCGCCUCAAGGCCAAGGUCUUUGGCCCGGUGGAACAGGCUCGCAUGGAGCGUCUGUCGGCGAAACUUUUGGAAGUCGCUGCUGCGCCCAAGCCCGAGAAGCCCGAGGCCGAGAACGAGAUGAAGAUUGUGGACGACGAAGCAGAGGCCAAGGCUGAUCAGGACGAUGCCACUAUGGAUGUCGACAAGCCUUCAUCCAACACUCGCAACUCCAAGAACCGCAUUGCCAAGCGGAAGAAGCCUUCCAAGAUUGUCUUCCCCAAGUACAGCGACCGAAAGAAGACCAAGAAGAGGUAG